GAGCAGGGCGGCGAGGCGCCACCGCCUCCCCGCAGUCUCCCUCAGGCAGCGCCGCCGCGACAGCCGCACCGGCAGCGCCUCCCUCGGCCCGGCCGGCCCGCAGGUGAGCGGGGCGAUGCGCGCCGUGCCGGCCCCCAGGGUCCGCCCGCGGCUCCGGGGGGUCGCUGAGGGUCGGCCGAGGCUCCAAACGCGCGAGUCCUUCUGUCGUAGUACCGUAUUGUUGAUGGGCCAAAGAAGUGGACGUCAAGAAAGGAGCAAAAAGCCAGAGUUGUCACUAAGUGAGAACAUGAAGGCAGAAGAAGAAGAUGAUAGAGAGGAAAACAAAGAGCUGAAGACUAAAGACCAGAGGCUACCAUUAGUCUUUGGUGUGGCAGACUUAAAAAAUGGAGCUGUUGGACUUUACAACAUUGGGCAGACCUGCUGUCUGAACUCUCUACUCCAAGUGUUCCUCAUGAACAUACACUUCACUAGGAUACUACGAAGGAUCACAGUGCCCCCAUAUGCUUCACUGAAGAGGAAGAAUGUCCCAUACCAAAUGCUUUUGCUGUUGGAGAAGAUGCAGUCUGGCAAGCAGAAAGCUGUUUCUCCCACAGAUCUUGCUAUCUGUCUUUCAAGACACAGAGUGAAUAUGUUUGUGCAACAUGAUGCUGCCCAACUCUUUCUGACUCUCUGGAACUUGGUAAAGAGGCAGAUGAAAGACCAAGACCUGGUUACACAGUUGAGUGAUUUGUACACUAUCUGUGUACAGGAGCACCUGGCCUGUCAGAUAUGCUUUUCUGAAAUGAAGAGGAAUAGCAACAUGUUAACCCUUCCACUUCCAGUGUUGGAUUCCAAUUCCCACAUGCUGAAGACGCUGGAGGACUGUCUGCAAUGCUUUCUCCAUCCAGAAGAGCUGACUGGUCACAACAUGUGUUUCUGUGAAUACUGUGAAAAGAAAACACCUUUUCUGCAGAGCAUGAAGCUAGUACAUCUGCCACAGACCCUGACCAUACACCUAAAGCGCUUCUGCUUUGAAAGAUCAACCAACGUCCACAAACUUAGUCACUGUCUGCCAUUCCCACAAGAACUUGAUUUCAAUGCAGUCUUGACAGAACAGCAGAGCCAAGCACAUGACAGUGAAAAGGCUACCUGGCAGUAUGAGCUUUUCGCUGUUGUCGCUCAUUCAGGCUCAACUAAUUCUGGACAUUACUGUGCCUAUAUUCGAAGCCUCACAGAAUGCAAAUGGUAUUGUUUCAAUGAUUCUACUGUUUGUCAGGUAUCAUGGGAUGAUGUUAAAUGUACGUAUGGACAUUCGGACCUCAACUGGGGACAAACAGCCUAUCUCUUGAUUUACAUGAAAAAGCAUCCCCAAUAGGCUUAUCCAGGUGUAUCAGAGUGUUUUGGAAAGCUGUUCCUUGUCCAUGAAGCUCAGCAUCUGUGUACCAGUAUGGAUGGGUAAAAAUGCUCCACAGGAAAGACCUGCACUCAGUCUAUGACCUCUGCCUUCACCUUUUUUUUAAUAAGGGAAAUGGAGGACAAACUCAGCUGGAGAAAGGAUCUAAGAGCUCUUGCAUCUAGAAUUUUUUUCUUUCAUGUCAUGUGAUUAUUUAUUUACUGUAUCCUUGAUAUUUGUGUAAUUCUAUAUAUUAAUUUCCUCUUAAAAGUAAAGAUAGUCCUUGUCUCUGCUGAUUUAGCAGUUUAUUGAAUGCUGAUGCCUAGAUUCCAAUACAGAGGAAUCUUUUGUCCUGAAAGUCUUCAUGAUGUUCCAAGAAGGCAUAUGUUAUGGCUAGAGAGCCAUGAUAGCCAUAAGGUCAUGUGAUCUUGAGGCUUACUCUGCCCUUUUAAGGCCUUGUUAGAUGCUGGCAUGAUGGGGAGGGGACCCCAAAGUCUCGAGGAAACAAAUGGAACAGGGACCAGGGUCCUUAUCACACAUGCGUCAGUGAUGUUUGCUCCUAAAAACCUUCAAGGAAAUGUAUCACUGCAGGGAUUGAGAUGUUACUGAAAGUUGGUGUCAGCAUAAAGUGUGUUUAAAUCAGGAGCUACUGUAGUAGUUCUGAUUUGGGAGAUGAGUUUGUAUGUGUUUGUUUAGAUGAUUAUUGUUUUAGCAUGCCUAUCAGGCAUUUUUAUUCCUUCUUUUUCCUCUAUAGAGGAAAAUACUCAUAGUGAUAUCCAGAAAUUUUGAAGGUAGUUAGUGAUUUUGUGCAAUACACUUGAUAAAAUGUGGUAAGAGGCGAAAUGAGAAGCCUAAUAUGCUUGAACUUUGGGAAUUUUUGUGUUUCUUCAGCUCUUUGCCAGCAAGAAUUGUCUUGCUCUCUCCCUUCCUUCUCUGCCCAUGCAGUGGAAAUGUCCCCCAAGCAGAAAAUAUUCUGUAGAGAGCAAGUCUGUAAAAAAGUGAGUCAUUUUAAAAUCUUCUGUUGAAUCCUGUCAUUUUGUGUUAUUGGUCCAGCCUGUGCUCCCAUGGCAAGACUACACAGCUGGAAGAAAAAUGCAGAAAGGAAGAGUUAGAAAGGAAAGUCAGUAUCACGCAGCAAUCAGAAGAGUGGUGUUCUGAAAUCUCAUCAUAAGAUUCAUCUGUGAGGAAAGUUAAAAAGUUUGGUUACAAUGCUUUUAAAGCGCUUGUCAUGGUAAGUCUUGACCUACCACAGUGUGAAAGGGUCAGUGAUUCCCGUAGUUUGAUACCUAAAAGUACCUUCUAGCCUAGCAGUAUUCUUUGACUGUAUCUUUACAAGGGUGCUAUUUUUGUGGGACUGGGUACAUUUAAAAAUUACUAAUUUAUUCAGCAGCUAUAUACAAUCUUUUUUUUUGAUUAUGAUGAAAGUCCCAAAUCAUGUCCGUUUUCUGUUGGUAUAUGGAAGGUAAAUCAACAGUUUUGAUCAUAGCUGUAGAAUUAAAUUAUUAUGAGCUAGCUGGUAUUUAUUUCACCGUAUUGGCAAGGUCCAUUAUUCUGUUUAACUCUCUUGUACUUACACUAUUCAUUCUGCUUUAAGAAAUCCUAAUCUAUUCUUCGUCACCAGCAUGAGAGUUUCCAGCCUGUUCUCUUUCAGGAAUGAUAUAUACUCCUUCUAAAAUACCUUGUGACUGGUGAAUAAGAAAAUCAAGUUCUGGUCUGCUUUAUCCAUCACUUUGUAUAUGUGAAGUAGCUGAAAGACUGUUUAAUUCCAGAAACUGAGAAUAUGUCAAAAGACUGAAAGAACAUUUCUGAUUUGAUAUAACCUGAAAUUUAAAAACAAGCUAUGUUUAUGAAAAAAAUGCCUCAAAUGUAUCAUACAUGACUUUAAAGGUAUGGCACCUGGUAGGGAAGGAAUUGCUUAGAUAUAUUAAGAAUCUUUUUAGUUAGCUUCUCAAUAAAAACAAAUCUAUGCUUUUUGUUCUUUGAAUAAAACAUGAUGGGAUAAAAUCCCUAGAAAAUA